AUGCAUACGCGCGGCCGACAGGAACGAUAUCGCAUCCCUUCUGACCAACUGGUGAAUUUCUCACGUUACGUUGUGCGACAUGAGGUUCCGGCAAGGAGCGAAUGUGUGCCUCCUGCACCGUCUUUUCGCCCAGCGCAGCGUAAUUUGCGCUGCUAUAUCGCUGACGUUGGGUUGCCUCCAGAGGAAUUGCCGAUAUCACGACCCAACUUGACUGUUGACUGGAGCAUGGUCGAUUUGGUCGACUUGAUGGUGGAUGAAGAUAACCCGGUGACCUGUCCCAUUUGCCUCGACGAGUCGCUAAUUGCUCCUCGCGUAGCACGUUGUGGCCAUGCGUUUUGUUGGUUAUGCAUCUUGAAAUACCUCAACUUCAAUAAAACUUCUGACAAGAAGCCAUGCCCGCUCUGCCAGCAUUCGUUGAAUCGGGUGGACCUGAAACCCGUACGCUUCCAGGUGAAGCAGAAGCCCACGGUGCUCACUUUUGCAUUGUUGACGCAAGAGGAGAAUGCUUGCACAGCUGUACUUCACCCGGACAUCUGCGAAAUGCUGGGUGGCACUCGUGAAUUGCGUCCCGUCAACCAGAUCGCAUCGUCGGAUUCACUUGACAUUCAGUUUUGGGACGUCGCCUACACAGACCAAAUGAAGUUGCGCGAACUUCUGAAGAACGACUACUUGGCUCUGGAAAACCUCGCGCUAAAUACUCACGACGGCGACGGUGCAACACAUGAUGCCGUAGUGGAGGCACUUUCGCACCUUAACAACCAUGGGAUCAGCGUUGGUAACAACGAUGCACCAUCUUUCACGUACGAUGCGGACAACGUCAAAGAGGCCGUUUCUCACAUUCGUAAUGUGGCGGAUUCCUACGUCUAUGCCGCGUGCGACGACUCUGACCCCAACCUCGACAGUGACGGUCGCACGAAGCACUACUGCUUUUACCAGUCGGUUGACGGUUGCAAAGUUCUGCUUCACCCAAUGCUGCUCAAGUGCCUAUGGCACUGCUGCGGCCAAAGAGUCAACCGCCUGCCAUUGUUCCUCUCGAAUCUACCCGUGUUGGGUCUUGAGGAGGUCGUUGUGACAGGCAUGAUGCGCCGGCGUUACAAUUGGUUGAACCACUUUCGCAUGGGUUGCAAGGUAUAUUUGGCGCACGUGCCGCUUGAAAGCUAUGUGCCUCCAUCAACGCUACACGAAUUCAUGCGCCAGCGUCAGAUAGCAAUGGAUAUGAAAAUGUCCAAAAGGCUGCAAUCGCAGGACGACGCUUAG